UAAGGAGCCAACCGGCCACCAUGAUGUGAAGGUUCUAAUUUAAGACGAUUCAAUGUUCCAGGCUGCAGGAUACAAGAAAGCUGGCCAGAUAACGAUUUCACAAUUUCACCGGGGAUUUUCUUUUUGCCUUUCGAUUUCACAAACUGUCAAUAUGAGUUCGACAACCGCAACCCAGGUGCAAACCAUCCCCCUUCGGAAUACCCAUCACGAAGCCAGUGACUCUCCGGCUGGCUUGAGUGCUUGUGGUACCGGUGGUUAUGAAGUUCCAGGAAUCCCCAAGUUCGAUGAUCCGUAUAAAAAGCGACAAUGGCAGUUAGAGCAUAUGGCCGGGGCCUUUCGAGUUUUUGCACGGAAGGGGUUCACUGAAGGAACAGCCGGCCACAUCAGUGUUCGUGAUCCAGUUGAUCCUUCAACCUUUUGGAUCAACCCUCUUGGAAAGCACUUUGGAAUGCUGAAAGCGAGCGAUAUGGUCCACGUCAACGAAGAGGGCCAAGUCAUCGGUGGCAACAAAGUCGCGGUCAACACUGCCGGCUUCAUGAUUCACAGUGCAAUCCACAAGGCUCGACCCGACAUCAACGCGGCCUGCCAUGCUCACUCCCCCGCGGGCAAGGCCUGGUCCACAUUCGGAAAACCCGUCGACAUCAUAAACCAGGAUAGCUGCACGUUCUUUGGCAUCCAACGCGUGUAUAAAUCCUUUGGCGGCGUCGUGCUUGAAGCCGAGGAGGGCGAGCGACUUGCGGAAGCACUGGGCAAGGAGGGUCGCGUUGCCAUUCUGCAAAACCACGGGCUUCUGACUGCUGGUGGUACGGUCGACGAGGCCGCGUAUCUGUUUACCUCGCUGGAGCGAACAUGCGAGGUCCAGCUUUUGGUCGACGCGGCCAACCACCCCAAGAAUAUCAUCGGAGAUAAGGAGGCGGAGUAUACGGCCAGAGUGAAUGCCGAUCCGGAAACUCUUUACUUUGAGUUCCAGGGGGAUCUUGAAUACGAGAUCUGGAAGUCUGGCGGAGAGCUAAGCAAGGGAGAGUGAGCGGGUUGGUGUAUGUUUAGUUGGAAAUUGCUGAGUCGAAUGAGGAUUAUGAUUUAAAUGUUUUGGUAUAGUAUUUGACAAUUGGAUUUAUUUUCAUGGCUUCAUUAUUUCAUUAUUUCAAUAUCUGUAUUUUCCUUGGGUGAUACAUGUAAAAGCUUUUCUAGCAAGAUGUUUUGUCUACUCCCAGCAGCUUUUGAGACAGUUGACUCAAAAAGAGAGAAGGGAACGAUAAUUACCUACCUAAUCAUAUUACUAUACUAUACACUACUAACCUAUUAACUAAUCCUUUCGGAGACAAAUAUCGGGUGAAAAUGUCAUUUAUUG